AUGGCCAGUCGCACAUGGACACCCCUGCUCCGCCACGCUCUGCGCGUCUCGCACCGUAGCGUCCCCGCCGCAUCCGCGCGCCGCUUCUUGAACACCGAGACAGCACCGAGUCUGUAUGCAGCGCGUGCAAAGGUCGUGGGUGCACGAACAGGCCAUGUCGACGGCGAAAACCUCAAAAUCGACCUGACCAUGGCGAAAGCACUCGGCGGAAAGGGGGACGAGGGAAAAACAAAUCCAGAGGAGUUAUUCGCUGCAGGAUAUGGCGCAUGUUUCCAAUCCGCAAUGAACGCCUGCGCGCCCUCUCUCGGCAUCAAAAUGCCAUCCACACCUGAGGAUUCCAUUGUCGAGUCGACCGUCGAGCUCGUCGGCAGCAUGAAGGACCUCGAUCUAGGUUUGCGCGUGCACCUGCAUGUCAAAGUGCGGGGGCUCUCGCAGGCGGAAGUAGAAAAGGUUGUGGAGAAGGCGCGCAGCGUGUGUCCGUAUAGUCGGGCGACGGCGGGGAAUGUGUAUACGAGGAUUGAGUGUGAGAGUAUGUAGAUGUGUGAGAGUGUGGAGACUGGAAUUUGGAAUUUGUUAUCAUGUGCUUUCCUAGUACAUAUGUAAAGUGUAGGGAUAUAUGAUGUUGCCAUACACUCCAGCCCUAAGUAUGCAUCUAUCAA